AUGAAUGGGAAAGACGUCAGUACUGGUAAUUUGACAACUGGUGGAAAGAUAAGAGAUCAACGAGAGGCAAAUCUGAAGAGGGUAAAUAACUCAUAUCUAAAUAAUUCUAAUCUCACUGCAAAUCAUUCAAAAGAAAACCAAACAGAUAAAAACUUGAAGCACCAGUUUUCCCAACCUUCAUUUCUCAAUCCUAGACAACCAUCAGUAUACCAAAAACGAGUCAACUAUAUUCCAAAUACAAAUUUUUCGGGAAACAAAAGCUCACUUUUGAUACAAGAUGAUGACAACUCUCCUCAACCUUCUGUCCCCAACACAUUCCACUACAAAUCUCAUCCCAAUGCAAAAUCAAAAGAAUUGGGUCGAAGCAUACUUGUUGAAGAUGAUCAGCAUAACUCGCUGCGCCAAAACUCACAUUCAUUUGGGGUUACGCCGCAAUGGAUGCCAGAAGAAUUGAACGAGAAAUGGACCCAACCUUUGACCAAUGACGACCCAAACAUAAACACAGGAAGCAACCUUUUGAACCAGAAUAUCGGAUCCAUGGAAUUUCAACAUAGCAGUACAGUAAUACAUAAUUCAGGUUUGCAAAUGAACGAAAAUCUUCCAUGGAAAUCAGGGCUUGAAAGUCCGGCUGAAAAAAACUUGCGGGGAAUAUUUCACAAUUCAAAGGAGUUAUCCAACAAGGAAGCAACAACGUCUACUGUAACCUCCACUCCUGUGGGCACAACUCGGAGGGUUUUGUCAACAUUGCGCCCCGUGACCUUUAAUUCAAACGAAUUGAAACCUCAAUCACCUUUAAAGUUGUACAAUGACAAUUACGAUACAUUCACAAGAAACAAACUCGAGGGUGUUUUACAAAACAUUGCAUCAAAUAAAAACACACCAGCUCAGAUUAAUGACGAGCCAAACCCGAAAAGAGCAGACUUACAAAUGCCUCCAUUAAUUGAAAACUUACAGACGUCGAAUAUACCUCCUAGACUAAGCAUUAAGGACUUUACCAAGACAAAGUCAUAUACUGCCAGUGCAUACAAAGUCAAUGCAGAUAAUGUCUUCUCCGAGCUCAUGAAGAAGGGCCCUCAGGGGAAUAUAGAUCGCAUGAGAAGUGUAUCCAAGGAAACUGCAACCUCCACACCAAAGAGGAAUACUAUAUACGCGGAGGAGAAUCACGACAGUCACUACUCAUCAUUCAGUACUGGGUACAGCUCAGAAGAAAAAAGUGUCCUCGUCAAUGCAAAUGUACAACAAAAUCGGAUCUCAACCGAGUUUACUUCAAUAACCAAUGACUCUGAGAGUCGUAGCGAGAUGGAAAUGAAUGAAAUCGAUUCAGAAAUGACUUUUGAGUCACGGUCAGAGAUGGCGGAGGAGAUAAAUGACUUGCAAAAAUCGUUGUACACACAAGAUUUUUCGAACUCACAUAAGUCAGGCAGUGAGCGACUAGGAUCAUCAAGGACUCUUGAAAGUGACCAACUGAACCAUUUAGAACCAAUGCACUUGAACAGCAAUGAAAAGGACUCAAUCGGUACAAUCAAAUUAAAAUCAAAAUCCGAGUUACGUGGCAGGUUUAUCACCCCUGUUGUCAAUGGCAAGGUAGAACCAAAUAUUAGCUUAUGUCAUGAUUAUCCGGGAAUGGUUUUUGAUCCUGUCAACCUAAAAUGGAUCAGUGUUGAUGAACAGAAUAAAACAUUGGAUAAUAUAGCCGACUUAACUGAUGAUGAAAUUGAAUUGACUGGCAUUUUGAAAAAGGAGAGGUCAAGGGCCAGAAAGGGUAACUUUGAAGUGUCAUUUCAGGACCAGAACUCUUUCAGUAAAAGCUCUGAGACACAUGAUAAUGGUUUAGUUGCGGGCGACGUUACAAAAGUAUCCCAGAUAAUGGAUGCUUCUUUUUCCGAGUCCAGAAAGAAGCUAGUGUCUUCUUUAACCAAUGUUUUGGAUUUAAAAUUGGGAAUCUCCGCAUGGAAGGAAGUUGAAAGUUUAGAUUUGUCUCACUGUGAAUUGAGUUCUUUGAUUGAUUUGUUCGAGUUUGUACCUAAAUUAAAAGAGUUGAAGGUGACAAACAAUCACAUAAAGUACUUGGCUGGUCUUCCUAGUAGUAUACGAGAACUUGACUUGUCUGCAAACGAAGUUGAAAACAGAAGCUCAUUUUCUGAAUUAAGAGAUUUACAUCGCCUCACACUCGAGCACAACUUUUUAACUGAAACAACAAACAUUUCUGGAUGCAUCCAUUUGACGGUGUUGAAACUAUCCCAUAAUGGUAUUGAUGAUAUUAGUGGUUUGAAGAACUUAUCUAAUUUGGUUUCCUUGGAUUUGUCCUUCAAUAAGGUAAAGCAAUUGAAUUUGAAAGAAUAUGAUUGGACGAAUCUUCAAGAAUUGGAUGUAUCAAACAACAUAAUUGAGGGCAUAGAGAAUAUAAACCACCUUUAUUCGUUGCGAAUUUUGAACUGUAACAAAAACCAGAUAUCCAAAAUAGACUUUGCUAGUACAAGCUUGAGGAAAUUGUUACUCAACCAGAACAAUUUGAGUUAUAUAGAUCUUAGAGGCUUGAGACAAUUGUAUUGUGUGAGAUUUGAUGGCAAUGUUGUUACACAUCUUGAGUUUCCCAGGCAUAACCUUAUUGAACUAAUAUCGAUGAAGUCGCAGCCAAAUAUGAGCCAAAUUUGGAAUAAUUCUGCUCCACAAUGUGAUCAAUUGCAUUACUUGGACCUAUCGGGUAAUACUUUCUUGCCAACUAAUAGCUUUCCACUCAUUAACGAGCUAACAUUAUCUGCCAUGAAUUUGAGCCAGUUGCCUACUGAUUUUGCUCAAUUGUUUCCAAAUGUACAAUAUUUAAACCUAAACUUCAAUAAGUUGCAGUCUGUUGAGCCAUUGACUCCUUUAAAGGGAUUAAAAAAGUUGUGGCUCGUGAGCAACAAGUUGAGCAAUUUUUACCUCACGAUGAAACAACUCAGAAGUUCUAAUAAAAAGUUGGUUUUGCUAGAUCAGAGAUUGAACUCCUACAACAAGUCAUUUUAUGACUUUAUUUUCACACCGGAUGAGACCAAUGUUGAUAUUGAGUUAGCUACUGUUGAGGACAUAGAGGUGUUUGCUGAAAGAUUGGAUGAAAUGGAUCGCACUCAAGAAUGGGAGGAACGAGACGAAGCUUUUCAACGGCAAUUGGAAACCAGAAGGGAUAUGAAUACAAUCAAGGGGAGAGAAGUGUAUCAAAGUUCAACAAUUAUGUUUUUCAAGCAUUUGAGGAGUCUCGAUGGAAUUCCAAUCACCAAUGCUUACCGGCGUGAUGCUUAUCUAUUAUAUAGAAAAUUAUUCCCCAAAAGAAGUAAAUAG